GCUCUGCAGGCGGGAGGGGGCGGGCAAUGCGCGGGCACCGCGCAGGGGAUCCCGCCUCCGCCUGUCCCCGGCGCAGCCCCGAGAGGCGGCGCGGACGGGCCCGGGCUGGCGCUGCGAGGCUCGCUCUGGAGAAGAAGCCGGGCUCCGGCCCCUAACAAUCCGCAGCGAGGAGCAGAGCCCGGCAGUGCCCGCCUGGCGCCGCGCACCGCCAUGGCCCGCGCACCUGGACUCUGCCGCGGCCCCGGGGACGCUCGCACAGCUGGCUCCGGGCGCACGCACUGGGCCAGGGACACCCGGGCCCGUGGGCGCACGUCGGGCUCGGCCCCUUACUCGCGUGUCGCCGCAGUUAGGUGCGCGCCGCUGCCUAAACCCAGGUGAUUUGGGUCAGAGUGCCCAUAAUAAGGAUUAGUCGUCUGUCAAAAGUUUAGUGAUUGAUUAUUAAGAAAAUUUCCUGCAUUGUUCAUGGAGUUUUUCAUCAGUAUGUCUGAAAGCAUUAAAUAUAAUGAUGAUGAUCACAAAACUGUGUUUCUGAAAACAUUAAAUGAACAACGUCUGGAAGGAGAAUUUUGUGACAUAGCUAUUGUGGUAGAAGAUGUGAAAUUCAGAGCGCACCGGUGUGUGCUUGCUGCAUGCAGUACCUACUUCAAAAAGCUUUUCAAGAAACUGGAGGUUGAUAGCUCAUCAGUAAUAGAGAUAGAUUUCCUUCGUUCUGAUAUAUUUGAAGAGGUUCUAAAUUAUAUGUAUACUGCAAAGAUUUCAGUUAAGAAGGAAGAUGUAAAUUUGAUGAUGUCAUCAGGUCAGAUUCUUGGUAUUAGGUUUUUAGAUAAACUUUGUUCUCAGAAACGUGAUGUAUCUAGUCCCGAAGAAAACGCCCAAUCCAAGAGUAAGUAUUGUCUGAAAAUAAAUCGUUCUAUUGGAGAAUCUAAUGAUAACCAAGAUGACGAGGUUGAGGAAAUUGGAGAUCAUGAUGAUAGCCCAUCAGAUGUAACAGUAGAAGGAACUCCUCCAAGUCAGGAAGAUGGGAAAUCUCCUACUAAUACACUAAGAGUUCAAGAAGCAAUUCUAAAAGAGUUGGGGAGUGAAGAGGUUCGAAAAGUAAACUGCUAUGGUCAAGAAGUAGAGCCCAUGGAAACAACUGAAUCAAAAGACUUAGGAUCUCAAACCCCUCAAGCUCUAACCUUUAAUGAUGGCAUAAGUGAAGUGAAAGAUGAACAGACGCCAGGAUGGACAACAGCAGCUGCUGACAUGAAGUUUGAGUAUUUGCUUUAUGGUCACAGGGAACAGAUUGCAUGUCAAGCAUGCGGUAAGACAUUUACUGAUGAAGCACGAUUGAGAAAACAUGAAAAGCUCCAUACUGCUGAUAGACCAUUUGUUUGUGAAAUGUGCACUAAAGGGUUUACCACACAGGCUCACUUGAAAGAGCACCUGAAAAUCCAUACAGGUUACAAGCCUUAUAGCUGUGAGGUGUGUGGAAAGUCUUUUAUUCGAGCUCCAGAUCUGAAAAAGCAUGAAAGAGUCCAUAGUAAUGAAAGGCCAUUUGCAUGCCAUAUGUGUGAUAAAGCUUUCAAGCACAAGUCCCAUCUAAAAGAUCAUGAAAGAAGACACCGAGGGGAAAAACCUUUUGUCUGCAGCUCUUGCACUAAAGCAUUUGCUAAAGCAUCUGAUCUAAAAAGGCACGAGAACAAUAUGCACAGUGAAAGGAAACAAAUUACAACAGCCAACGCCAUCCAGAGUGAAACAGAACAGUUACAGGCAGCAGCCAUGGCAGCUGAAGCGGAGCAGCAACUUGAAACUAUAGCUUGUAGUUAAAGACAAAAGCAACUUUAUCCAAAAAGUAACUUAAGAAAUUAAAUUGAACAAAAAUUUAAAUGUUGAAACAUGUUUAGACUGAUCAUUAACUUUUCAGGAUAAAAUAUUUUUAGAGGGAUUGAACACUGCAUGGGAGCAUAUAGCAGUGCUUGGUUAGGUAUUUUAAAAUACUUCAAAGAUAUGUAUUCUUAGAAUAUAAAAAUAAUUUUGUUAUUAGCACUAACAUGUUUUAAUUUCAGAAAACGAGGAAAUCUCUAUUUGAUGUUUCUGCAUACUUGUCCUUUGUACACAUUAGUAAAACCAAUGAGGUAAAUUAUGUCUAACAAAACUGAAAUUUGUUGAAAAAGUUAUAAGUAUGGGAACAAAAUAUUUUUU